UUGGUCAUGACCUCCACCAAGCUCAACGUCGAUGGCAUCCUAUUAUUUGAGCAGCCAUUUGCAAGGGUUCCAUUCGAGAAUUACCGCAAGGUGUUUCGCAGCACCCAACGGAAUGUCGAGCGGGACAUGAAAGCCGUGCAAAACUCAGUACAAGAUCUGACUAAACAGUCUUCAGAAGGGACUCUUGCCCCCGAUGCAGCUGUCGAGUCCAUUGACGCUAUGAUUGCCAACGUCGAGAACCUGAAGAAGAAGCUUGCGGAGCUGCAUGAUACCGCAGGAAAGCCAACGCAAGACGUGAUUAGAGAGCGGCUCCAGCAUCUUGCUGCCGUGGAAACACUUCCCAAUGCAAACGAUCCCGAAUUUGGCCGGUGGGCAGAUACACGGCUGGACCGGUGGCUUGUGGACUGGACUCUGAGGACGGGAAGAGAGAAGACUGCGAGAAUGAUUGCGAGAGAACGGCAUAUCGAGACUCUGGUCGAUAUCGACUUGUUUGCAGACAUUAAGCGCAUCGAGGCAGCCCUUGAGAGUCACAGUUGCACAGAAGCGUUGGCCUGGUGCAGCGAAAACAAGGCGGCAUUGCGCAAAAUGAAGAGUACUCUGGAGUUCGACCUUCGCUUCCAGGAAUAUAUUGAGCUCACAAGGAAUUUCAAACAUCCGGAGGCUAUCGAAUAUUCACGCAAAUAUCUGAUAUCAUGGCAAGAAACACACAUGGACCAGAUUAGACAGGCGAUGGCGCUACUUGCGUUCCCACCAAAGACCAAUACGAGUCGUUAUAAGCGUUUGUACGACUCUUCGCGUUGGACCGCGUUAAUCCAGUCGUUCCGCCGCGCCAUUUAUGCACUCAACACCCUUCCCACCCAACCUCUUUUGAAUCUCAGUCUCUAUGCGGGACUCGCCUCGCUCCGUCUUCCUGCCUGCCACAACCACAUGACGAAAAAUGUUGAUUGUCCUGUUUGCGACGGAGAAGGCGUCAAAACUGUCCGCACCGGCUCUCUUGGUCUGGGAAAGCUGGCUCAAGAGGUGCCAUUCAGCCACCAUGCCAAUUCAACCAUCGUCUGCUUCAUAACAGGCAAGAUUAUGGACGCAGAUAACAUGCCCUUGGCGUUUCCCGACACUGGGUUCGUAUAUUCCCGCGAGGCAAUGGAGGAGAUGGCAGCCAAGAACCAUGGCGUCGUAACCUGUCCUCGGAGUAAAUCGAGGUGCAACUUUUCGGAGCUGAGAAGAGUCUACAUCUCUUAA